AUGGGAAAUAACCCGUCUAAAAAUGAUCUACCGAAUACGUCAGCAAAUUCCACCAGUGGUGGCGCCUCAUCUGGUGUAAAUGCCGGUGAACUUGAUGCAGAUGAAUCGUCACUGCCGCUAUCUCGACCUACCGGUUUCGGUAGGCAUAUUAAUUACCACGGUUCAUCCAACCGCACCCAAGAUGAUUCAAUGAUGAACAUCAAGUCAAGCCCGCAGUCUAUACCCGCUCCAAAAACUUCCCAAAGGAGGCUAAAAAAACACUCACCAUCCUCUCGUCAGUAUGAGUUUGAUAUCGAUGCAUCCAUGGCUAUUUUGUUAGCUUCUCAGUCCGGCUCUCCCUUUUCAUCUCUGAAGUGGAGGGACUCUUCUCAGCAGGUCCAUGAGUAUGGUUCCUCUACUGAGAGCCUGAGGAGCGCAGACUUAUCUAUUUCUCCCGUCUUUACUUCUAGUGGUGAAAACAAAGAUGAAUCUCUGUUACUGUCUGAAUCUCUUGUGAAUUCACCAGUUUACGUGAAGGGUGACGCUUUUCAGAACCCGUCAGAAACCAGCUUAGACCCGAUCGUAGAAGCAUCUUCUGAAUCAACACCAGAACCAAAAAAGUCUAUGAUUUCGACCAAGAAGAGCGUGUCGAAGAAAACUAGUACAGAUAUGAGCUCCCCAAUACCAAAGAGCUACAUCAAAGAUACUUGGCCAAGGCAAAAAACAUCUUCUGAAGAAUCUCAUUCGCCUCCUUUAAUACCUAUGAACAAGAAGCUGGACAUUGAUUUGGAUGGCGUGAUCAACCGUUUGUUAGCUAUUGGAAUGAAGAAAGACACGAAUGGAUCUUCAAAGUCUCGCAAGAACAGGGAGAAAUUACCGUUGACCACACAGGAGAUUAAGUUCAUUUUAGCGAAGUCGCGAUCUAUUUUCAUGGACCAACCAACAUUGUUGAAGUUAUCCCCCCCAGUGAAAAUUGUUGGUGACAUACACGGUCAAUUCCAUGACUUAAUUAGAAUUUUCAAUUCUUGUGGAUACCCGCCAUAUACUAAUUAUUUGUUUUUGGGAGAUUAUGUGGACAGAGGCCAUAGAUCGUUAGAAACCAUACUACUUUUGUUGUGCUACAAAAUCAAGUACCCUGAAAACUUCUUUAUGUUACGCGGAAACCACGAGUCUGCGAACAUAACGAAGAUUUAUGGCUUUUAUGACGAGUGCAAGAGACGCUUACCUCUCAUUUCAGGAAGCCAUAAGUUAUGGAAAAAUUUCGUUGAUGUGUUCAAUACUCUUCCUUUGGCAGCUACAAUCAACGAUAAAAUUUUCUGCAUCCACGGUGGCCUUUCCCCUGAUCUUCAUAACAUGAGGCAAAUUGAACAGAUUCAGAGACCAACAGAUAUUCCUGACAAGGGUCUCUUGGCUGAUCUAUUAUGGUCUGAUCCUGAUCCUCUGGUGAAAUCGUUUUCAUUGACCAACUGGCCAAAGAAUGAUCGAGGUGUUUCCUAUUGUUUUGGUAAGAAACACGUCGAUUAUUUUUUGAGCACAUUCAAGAUGGAUUUGAUUGUGCGCGGUCAUAUGGUUGUUGAAGAUGGGUAUGAGUUUUUCAACAAACGGAAAUUGGUAACGGUUUUUCUGGCCCCCAAUUAUUGCGGCGAGUUUAACAAUUAUGGCGCUGUCAUGAACGUUGAUAAGAGUUUAUGUUGCUCUUUCGAAUUGUUGAAACCGCAGUAG